ACCCUCACCAUACAUAGACAUAGAUAGCCAAAAAAUCAUAUCUCGGAUCUCCUCCUGUGGUUACUCCAUCUCCAUGAAAAGACACACACGCACUUACCUUGCACCGCAACAGCGUAUCCGGGAACAAACAUCCCGUAUCCAUCUCCUCUGUCAAACUGUGUGCUCCAUUCCAUUAUCUCACCUAGCUAGCUAGCUAUAGCUCAUGAAUGAGAGAUAGAUAGAGAGAGCGAGAGAGGAGGGGCAGUGUGAGUGUGUGUGUGUGUGUACAGCUCCUGCAAGCUCGCUGGUAAUAAUAGAGCCAAGACAAGACCACUAUGGAUAUGGAGGAGCAAGCCAACGCCGCCGCCACUGCUGCGCGAGAAGGCGACCUCGCCGACGUCGUGGCCCGUGCCAACGCAAUGGUCUACUCCACUGGAGCCCGUCGCCAACCACCACCACCUCCUCCUUCUGCGCCAGCUCGUGUCAUGAUCCCCUACGAGGAGCGGCCUGCGAACGUCGCCUGCGGCGGCGGCGACGGCGAGGUUACGCUCGAGGCGUCGCCGUCGACCGUUGUCGUCGACCCGUACCUGCUGGUUGCGGCCGGCGGAUAUGGACUGCUGCCGCAGCAGCAGCAGCAGCAGCACCAGCACCAGCCACUGCUGGCUUUCCAGAUCUCUGAGCACGCGUGCUGCGCCGCCGCCGACAGCGACGACCCCAUGAGGAUCUCGCCACCACCACCUGCUCCUCAUCAUCAGAUGAUCAUGAGAAGGAACGAUGUGAGGAAGGUGGUGUGCAUCCCGGCGCCACCGGUGAUGAGCAACCGGGCAGGAGGGGGAGGAGAGGUGAUUCCAUCUGACCUAUGGGCAUGGAGAAAGUAUGGCCAGAAACCAAUCAAGGGCUCUCCUUAUCCAAGGGGUUACUACAGAUGCAGCAGCUCCAAAGGGUGCCUAGCCCGGAAACAGGUGGAGCGCAGCCGCAGCGACCCCAACAUGCUGGUUAUCACCUACACCGCGGAACACAACCACCCAUGGCCCAUGCAGCGCAACGUCCUUGCAGGAUACGCUCGUGCUCACACCCACGCCGCUGCCAAGAAGCAGCACAAGAUCAGCAGUAGUAGCACCACUGAUAAUGCCGCAAGCUCGUCCUCCAGCAACAAUUUCCAUGUCGAGCAGAACAAUCUGAUCGCCGGCGACCAGCUUCCCGUCAAUUGCAUGAUGCCUAAUAGCACCGCCUAUGCUGGGGACGAUGGUGGUGGCCUGGUGUUUGAAGGCAUCCAGCCUGACGAGGUCUUUGCAGAGCUGGAAGAGUUGGAGGAGACUGAUAAUUGUCCCAUGGUGAUCGGUGCAAACGUCUACGGAUCAAGGGGGGUAAGUAGUAACUAUGAGUGGCACAAAUUCUAAUCACGGGUCUUCUAGCUAAUCAAUUGAUAAGGGCGGCUGUGAUACAUAUAUGCAUGCUCGAUUAAGAAGAUCAUACAUAUCUUAAAACGCACUGUUUUUUCCCUUCAUUGUACAACAGGAUAACUAAUAUAUUUGUUUGCGCCAAUAUAUGAUGAUAAAACUAAGAGUAUA